UCAAAAAGCCAGGAAACAAAACUGGCAGAGAAUGAAGUUCAUAAUUCCAUUCAGUCUGCAGAAAAUGGUGUUGUGAAAAGGCUAAGUGCUGUUCCUAAUCUCUCUCGUAUGAUCUGGGUUCAGUCUCAGAAGAACUCAGAAUCUGGGGAAAAUGGGGAUAAAACUUCUUCCAGUACCCUAGAAAACCAGGUAUUGGUUAGUUCUGAAAAUCAGAGACUCCAAGUUCAGCCAGGGGCUUCUCUCUCUGGAGGUCGUACAAAGAAGAGCAAAAAAACGAACCUCCAAACACGAAAGUGUGACCCUCAUAUUGGGGAAGGUGCACCGCCUAAAAUAAUUACAACAGGAGUAAAAGCCCAACGCAAGCCUUUACUUGAGAAAACGGAAGAGACUUCAAGGCAAGGACCAGACACUGUGAAUUCAGUUACCUCCAGGCCAGAAAAAGAGAAAUAUGAGCCAGCUGGAUCUGAAAGGACAGAUGCCAGAACCACAGCUGGGUCUAAAAGCAAAGCCAAGAAAAGUAGGAACAAAAUGGAUAAACCAAGUGUAUCUGUUGAUGAUGUGUUCCUUCCUAAGGAUGUAGACAGCAUGGAAAUGGAUGAGACCGAUCGAGAAGUAGAAUAUUUCAAGAGGUUCUGUCUGGACUCUGCAAAGCAGACACGGCAGAAAGUGGCUGUAAACUGGACCAACUUUAGCCUGAAGAAAACCACUUCCAAUGUGGCACAAUGA